AUGGACAGCUCCAUGACUCAAAAUGUUGCAAUGUCAUCUAGCAAGCAUCAUAACAGCUACAUCCCACCAUAUCAUGAUCAAGAGAAUCAAUUUGCUGCUGGAUUCUCACAGAGUCAUCACCAAUCAUUUAGAAAUCAUGGAAUGCCUGAUCCCUAUCAGUACCAAACACACCAGGUACAAAUGCAGUCACCUGGCAUCCCUCCAAUGCAUAUGAUGCAGUCACCACAGAUUCAUCAUUCAGUUCAGCACCAUUACUCACAGCAGAUUCAAUCCCCACAAAUACCACAUCAUCAGUCACCUCAUAUGCAUGGAUUGCAAAGCCCACAUCAACAUCAUCAGCCUAUUCAGAAUCAGCAUCAUCAAUCUCAUCAGCAACAUCCGCAUCACCAAUCUCCAGUGAUGCACCCCAUGUACAACAAUAUGCAUCAGAAUAAUGUCAGAUACAGUAUGCAACAGCAUCAACAACAGCAACAGCAGCAACAAAUGCCAGAACUGCCUUAUAUCAAAUCUCCAGGUAUGAACAGACGUGAUCUCAAAUACUUGGACAGUACAGAUAACAAGGAGAAUGCCACUGCUACUGGCUACAACAAUGGUAUGGAAGACAAUAAACAAGACAAUUUGUUCAUCGAUGAGAGUCUGGGAAUAGCUCCAUUGAAUGGAGUCGAUGAGACUUGCUUCACGGAUGGUUUUGCAGGACCUCUCACCAGUUCAACACCUAUGACAAAUCAAUUCAGACCUUCCACUUGCAGGACGAAAGAAGUCCCCCAUUUUCAAGUGCCUCAGCAUAUGAAUCCUCCAGUGAUACCUGAGAUUCAAACACCGGGGGAACCUGAGGACAAACUCAGUGUUAUUAUGGAAUCUACCAGGGAGUAUAUUUCUAGUAGCUCUGGCAGCAGUGUGAGAACCGGUGGCUUUGGUUUUGCAACUCGUGAGGAUCUUGGAUCCAUUCCUGAGCAGUCGACCCAAGAAAUUGACACCACUGAAGCACUCCUGG